GAAGCUUCCAAUUUAAACACAAGAGAGAUGACGAAAAGUGUAAAUGGAAAACCGUUGAUUUGAGAUUUUACCAGAAGGAAUAACAACAAGUUACUAUUCAUCCAAUGUCUCUCUUUUCUCAUCAAUUUUAUCAUCUUCUCAUAAAGCGAGCGAAAAAAUGACAGAGGAUCGAGAGGGUAAUCAGCAAGAUCAUCAUCAUCAUCAUCUCCAAUCAUCAUCAUCGAGCCAUUUACUUGUUUCAAUGUUCAAAAGCAAUAACAACUCCCUUUACUUUUUCAUCAUCAUCAUUAACUUAAUCCAUUAUAUCAGGUAAACUGACAAUGUAAUCAGUUAAUUUAAUCACUACUUUAAUGGAGGAUAAUGAUGUCGACAACAAUGAAGAUUAAAAGAUGAUCAUGAAUGCGAAAAAAACUUAACCAAAACAAUCAAAGGGAAAAAAGAUGAGGAUAAACAUUUAGCUUCUUCUUACUCAAUGUUAAUGAGAUUUAAAUUCAAUUCAAUCCAACAAUUGGACCUACUGAACUUUAUUGUGUUCAGAAUUAAUCACCGAAAACAUGAAAACAACAAUCAAUUGAUGUUGAUGAUCAAUUUUUGUCAUCAAGAUUAUUGACAAUUUAACAAAUAUUGUGAUAGCAUCAAAGUUGUGAAGUAUCAAUGGAAGGACAAAAAUUACUAUUCAAUCCCAGUUAUUAUAUUAUAUCAUCAUGGAGCCGAGUUAUCAUUUCCUCAUCUUUAUCAUCCUCAACAUCUACAUGAUGUUCAGAACAUUGAGAUUAAAACCAACAUUAAACUCAUCCCACCACAUGAGGUGUUAAUACAAUUCAGCUGGAAUCUGAAAUAAGGAAGGAAAAAAAACUACAAAGAAACAAAGGAAAUCAUGAUGAUAUCUGAUGAAUCUGAAAAGCUACCUUAAUGAUAAUCAUAUCAUCACACCCGGAAAAUGAUAAUCAUUUGCAUGAAUAAUCAACAUCUCUCACGAGAGAAACAGAGAGUGAGUCAGGGAGAUACAAUAAUUACCACAAUGACUCUAAUCCCGAAUUCAUUUCAAGAUACUCAUCAUAUUCAGAGUUUCAAUGAGAUGAGAAAAAAAGUUCUGAAUCAGAUAAAAUGUAUAUUAUCAUGAUAAUAAUAACUUUUCUUCUUAUUCUCUCCCGAAAAAACCAGCUAAGCUUUUUUUUCUCUUCUUUUAAAUGAAAUAUUAAAUUCGAAAGUAAAAUUUUCUUUUUCCAUCUUAUCAGGAAAUUGAACUUUUUUUUCUGUAUCAAGAAUUUUUUUUUUCUCCGAAAAGAAGUAGAAAAAAAAGUUCUAAUGUAUAACCAGAGUAUCACAUACACAUGAAUUGAAACUUUCUCUCCUUCAUGAUAACAUGAAAUUUUAAUCAUAUGAAGAGUGGGAGGAGAAGAUGACGAGAAGAAGAUUGAAAUUGGAAUGAAGUUGAUUUCAAUUAUUUUCCAGUGAAAAAUUUUCGCUUGACCAAUGGUCAAAAUCCUUUCGAUUUAUCUAAUAUAUAUUAAUGAUAUCCAGCGAAAAUAAUGUUCCUCUGAAUAUUCAUGGAUAAAUGAACUUGGAAUUUUUUUUCUCCAUCUUCUUCUUCCUCAUGUAAAGUAAUCAUGUUAUCUGAGUCUUAUUGAAUCAACUAAAUUGUUAUCAUUUGUUAACUGAUUGAAUUGAUUGCAUUGAAUGUUGAACAAGAUGUUCAGAUGAUAGUGAUGAUCAUGAUGACCAGAAUCAGAAUAUACUCAUGAUGGGUGAGUAAUAAUAAUAAUCAUCUUGACCUUGAAUAUUUGAAUAUAUAAGUUGAUUGUUGACACAAUCAACAAGAGAAACACUUUACCUUCAUUUAGAUUGAAAUGAGAAGCUAAAAAUUUCUUUUCUUUUUCUGACAGGUUUUAUCAUCGAUGCCAAUGGUUACCUAAAUGUUUAGAUAGAAAAGAAUCCAGAACAAUUUGAAGAAAUCUCUCUCUCUCUCAUCAUCCUCAUCAUUUCCAAAUCCAUGCGCUGUUUUCUUGUUCAUCCUCAUCUUCUUGAACUUUUCCUCUGAAUAACUCAGUAACUAAACUCAGAAUCAUUCAAACGGAUAAAUACCAUGAGAUUCAUAACAUCAUCUUAUAUCAUCUUAGCUCUAGAUGGAUUUGGUUAUAUCCAUGGUAAAGGAUUAGCAGUUAUCGGUGGUAAGGGAAACCGAGAAGUUUGUCCUGAUUGCCCUGAUAACUAUAACGCUGAAGAAUUGACCUGGGCCCUUGUUACAUUAGCCAUUGUAACGGGAUUAUUUUUAUCAAUUUGUUUUUGUCGCUUCUAUCCCAAGUUACGACAAAUGUUUGUUCAACCGGUUGUAACUAAUGAUGGAGAGGGUGGGAUAAGUGUCACCUCCAAAUCGUGUCAGUGUACAACUGUAAUUCAAAGAGGAUCAAUUAACCCGAUCACUACAUCAGCUGGAAUGGUAUCGCCUCAAGCAUUUUCCUCAACAACAUCAUCUAAAAACAUCAACACAACAACAACAACUACAACAACAGCAACCACCUCAUCUAUUGGGGGAGGUGGAGGUAAAAUAAUAGGAUUAACUAAAUCAUUAGUAAAUGAUGCAAAUAGUAACGAUGAUAAUUUAAAUAUCAUUCCUAAAGGGGGAGGUAGACUUAGUUUAUCAUCUUAUCAAUCAUCUUGUGAACCAGUUUUAUAUUCAUCAUCUUCAUCAUCACCAUCAACAGUUAAUCCUCAUUAUCAGGCUCUUGUUAAUCAACAGCAAAAACAACAACAACGAUCAUCAACUUCAUCAUUAAUUUCAUCCGGAGGGAUAACAAACACAACCACCUCAACCUCCCUUCCUCCUCCAUCACAUUCAUCAAUUGCUUCAUCAAUAGCAUCUUCAUCAUCUGCAUCGUCAGGUCAUCAUUUAAUUCAUCAACAGCAACAUAAACAUAAACAUCCCUAUCCAACCCAUUCUUAUCCCAAUCGAUCAUCAACCAAAUCAAGAUCAUCAUCAAUUAUUGCACCAACAACAGUGAUACCACCACCAACAACAACUAUUGAUCCAAUUGGAAUCAAUUCAUGUCAACAAUUAAUAUUAUCUUGUCCACAACAACAACAAACCAAGGUUCCAAUAGUACCAAUAGUUUCUGAUCAAUCAACUGUUUACACAUCACAUAUUUAAUAAUACAACAAUUAACCAUCCGUAAUAAACAAUCAAUCAAUCAAAUUAAUUAGUAAGUGAACGAAAGGAAAUAUUAUUGUAAUAAUAACAUCAAGACUAAACCUCAAACCAUCAAACCAAUUGUUCAAUGAGGAUGCGAAAGUUAAUCAUGAGAAAUCAAUGGUAAAUAGAAUCACUAUUGAUUAUCAGUGUAAUUUAUUAAUUUGUUUACUCGAAUCUUCAUUAUCUUCAUCUUCAUCCUUUAUUAUCCGCAUCAUUUUAAUUCUAUGAGCCAUUAGAAUGAUUCCUUAAUUUUCAUGAAGAGAAUCAACAUUUUCCUCUCUCUCUCUCUCUCUCUCUCUCUCUCUCUCUCUCUUCCUUUUACCACUACCUUUACCAUGUUCAUCUUGAUUCAGGGUGAUAAUCUCUUCCCUUAUCAUCCACUGGAUGACAUUCCCCAUGUUAUUAUGAACAUCGAAAACCUCUUAACUUUAAUUUCAUGAGCAUUGAAGUAUCAUGAUUAAUAUUAUCUUCCAAAUGAUAUAAAAUUAAAGCAAAGAACCUGAGAUUACCUUGAAUAUGUAACAUGGCGGGAGAAAAGUUUUGUUUUACCUUCUCAUCAUCUUCUCUCUCUUUCCCCCUUAUCAUCUCAUCCUUAAUCACCAUUAUCUUCAUCGUCUUCAUCAUGUUGAAUGUUAUUGUUACAAUUAUUCAUCAUCAUCAUCAUCGUAUAUUAAAUUGCUGAUUGUUGAUUGUUAUUGUUACAAUCAACAAACCAAGGACCAAUUUCAUCAACUGUAAUCAUUUUUGUUUUCUUUUCCUCUUCAUCUUUUAUCAUCAUUCAUUUGAUUAAACACACUCAAAGGAUUCCACUUAAUCAAUGAUGUUAAUCAUGUUGAUUAUUAUACCCAAUUGUUGUUAAUUCAAUUGUUAAUCAAUUGUAUUAUUAUUUUGCUGGAUCACAAUUGAAAAACAAACAAAAAACCAAAACAAAACUCAAAUUGAUUCACCAAAAUUUGCUAAUUUGUAAUCUUAAUCUCACAAAAGUGAUUAAAUAAGAUGUUAAUUGUAAAACAAAUGAUCAGCAACAAUUAACAGUAAAAUUUA